UACGUCUAUCCAUCGUAUUUUCAAAAUUUCUGGUGGCUGGUAUAAUGCCACAAACAUCGUGGAGGUAGAGUCUUGCCGACGCUAAUCGCACAUGCCAAGUGACAAGUGAGGCGCCGAUUGAUGCGGAAUUGCGCAAACUGAUAAUCUGCUCCAAUCUACCAUCGCGGCGUUCGCGGCUUAAGGCAAAAGGCAACCCGAAUAGAUUACCCGUCUCGAAAAUGAAUCAUGGCCAACUUCCAGGAUCAAUUACUUUUCGAGACUAAUCUCUAUCGAUUUAGAGUAUCGAGCUACGGCUGCAUGAUUGAUAUCCUAGUUAACGAUGGGACCGAAUUCAAUACGUACUCCAAGUCGAAUCCAAUACAUCAUCGCUUCAUGACGUUCGAUUAUUACUCAUGAAACGUGGUAGUUAAUUGUAUAUGCUUGUGAAAUAAUCUGUACACGAAGAAAGAAAAAAAAAAAAGAAACAGAGGGUAGAUUUCAAGAUAUUUCAAAUUAUCACUUCGUGUUACUCAAGUACAGUCAAACCUGUUUUGUGCGGUUUUGUUUUAUGCGAUUUGUUAUGUGCGAAAGUUCUUUUUGUGCGGUAUAUGAAAAUAAUAUGACACUGUACAUUUAAAUUUAACGAACGCGAGCAUAUAAUUGCAAUGGAUUAUUCAUAAAGAAAGGAGAACGAAGCGACGAUCGCGUAUUGCAGGAACGUGUCGUUUAUUGCAUUGCGGGCGGUGUGUGGCUUGGCAUUAGUUAUAUACUUUCCGACCUGUGAAGUGCGUGCAUGCGCAUCUUUCGACCAUUAAGAUAGGUUUAAUUUUUAAGUGAGAUUAAAGGUAAAUUAAUUAUUCUUCCUAUUUAUAUAUAGUUUCUUUAUGAUUUUUAUUUUACUUUUAGACAGAAGCACUCCCUUAAAAUGAAUAUUCACAAAUGAGACUUUUUUUAUGGCGUCCCUCUCCACCGCAUAACAAAAUAUUCUCUUCGAUACUGUAUGAAAAAUUAUUUGUUAUAGCUGUUUAUGAAGUUUCUAAAUAUUUUUUUUGCGUUUUUUUUUUAUGCGGUCUAUCGCUCAAAAACUGGUUCGACUGUAUUCACGUAGAGAUCGAAGUUCUCGAGCCAAAUUCGAACCUACUUCCAAGGUAUUUGACCCCAUCCCUGAUCAUAGUCUAUAUUCCACUAGAGCGCAUCGCCGGUACGCCCGCGUUGACAGAACCCGCGCGUUAUUCUCGGACGCGUGCGAAUUCGUAAAGAAGGAACAAAAGGGAGGAACAGUGCGCGGGCAAAAGGAGCGAAAUUGAACGCUAAUCCAGCGGCUCGACUCUAGGAGCGCAAGACGGAACGUCGGAACGGCAGAACAGCAGAACGGAAGGAAGGCACGCGUGGUAGUCGCAAGAGAACGGAAGGGUAGGACGGGUUGGGAAGCAGUGGUGUGCAGGGGGCGGUGGGUUCCAUGGUCGGCGGGUUGGCGGUGAGCUCUCAGUCUGUCCUGCGCCGUCGAAACGAAGGAAGCGUCGUUCGGCGUCGAGCGCGACGUCGAGCGCGACGAGCCGACGGGACGACGAGCCCGUACCCCUUAGUCCGCGUUCGCUCGCCGUCUCGAGCGUCACAUUUUCGAGCUUCUGAUUACGGGAUCGCGCGCCCUCGCCUCUCAGCCUCGUUCACUCGACCGUCGAGGAGUUUCGACCGAGGACAAGCAUCGCUUCGAGUUCGUUUACUCCAUUCUCACCAAUUAAUUUUCCUUCGAAAACGUUCGUGUUCCUCGUCUCUCGCCCGUCGCAUCUCGUGGCUCGUGUCGUUCAACGCAAGGAAGGAGGCUGGAUCCUGAGAAGCAACCGACCCGAAACUUUCUCGCCAAGGAUUUAUCCGAGAACUAGGCGGCGCAUACCGAUCGAGGUAAAAUAAAAUUUAUGCGACAGAGGGUUAAGAAAAUCGCUGGAGGUACACGAGGGAGGUUAACUGGAUGUCGGAGACCUGUAGAGGGCAGGUAGGGGAGCGGUGGAAGAAUGACGAAAAGACGAAGGGAAUCGUGGAAGAAUCGUGGUGCCGUUUAUUCAGGAGUUGUGGAAUUUUACUUGGAAAGGGGAAAUGCAAAUGCGGGACAUCGACUGGGUGGUCGCGUGACUUCCACUCAGGGUUUCGGAAAAUCGAUCGCGAGCUACGUUGGAACGAUCGGGACCCUUCGCUUCCGCCGAGGCUCGACGGGAUUUUAACGUCGCGUCGUCAGGGAACCGAGCGCGGUACAUGUCAGCGACAGCGAACUUUCUACCAAAGUGAUUAUCGACGGAAUAAAGUGCCAAAGAACUCUGGAAAAUUAACUAAAGUGUGCGAGGAACCUGCAGAGGGAAGAAACCUGUGAGACACGAAACGUAAGGGGAGGAACGCGAGCGAGAGCAGGGAAGGAUGAGAAACGGCGCCCCGUCGAAGAAGAGGCGAUCGUGGUAGAGGGCAGAGGCGUGGAUCGAGGUGGAUCCGGGUCGAUCGGUGUGAUGGUCUCGGGGUGGUGUCCGUGCGUGCCCCUCGGCCGCCGGGAAUCAUCGGCCCAGCAGCAAACCGCCUCCUCUUCGAGGAGCAUCGGGAACGACGGUGCACCGUUCACCGUCAGCGCCGCGACCGAUCACGCAGAAAUGGUCCAGAUGUUCUACUACGAGAACCGCGGCAAAUGCUGCAAGAAGCUUCUUCGAUAUAACGGAUAUCCGAACAAGGUGCUUCUGUUUCCGGAGGAGGGCUGGGCAAGAAGCGCGAGUAGUUCCUACUGGACCUUGACGCCGUUCUGGUGGAGUCGAAGUCGGUGCAAGGUCGUCGAAGUGGCUGGGACCAGGAGGUACAGCACUCAGGCAAAAAUGGUAGACACGGGAACGGGGACGCUCUACAUUAUUGGCUCUUUCAAGAGAAUGACGAUCGAUCCCGAUUUCAAGUUGUACCUGACGUCGAACGUUUCGUCGAGCGACUUCAAUAUGGGUUACAGUAUGACGGGUACGCUGGAGCGUGGCUGCAAGAAGACCAACUCCUUCCAGAUGACACACUUCGCGGUGAUCCGUCGACGGGACUACGAGAAGGCCUACGAGGAUCCGAACACCACCUAGUGUCCGUCUCCACCCACGCUCUCCGAGUGUGGGGACUGCGAACACUAUACGUAAGAACGGAAAGGGCGCGGUUUCUACGAUCCUUUCCUCCGAGAUGGGCCGCAAUUUCUCGACGAAUCUCUUUCACGUCCGAAGAACGACGCUCGCGAGCACCGCGUCGCCGGAAUCCGCGUCUCCCGACGCUUCUCUCCUCCUCGGACAUUCCGGCCUGAACGCUUCCGCGGAAGAACGCGGAGAACCGAUAUACAGUCGACAGCGUCGCGCGUCAAAAAUUUAAUAGAGCACACGAGCAGCCAAAGUAAGCGAACAAAAAAGCAAAAUGCCAAACGUCCAAAGGUAGUGUUUAACUUAGCUCGAAUUAAGUAGGUUUUAACUAGCGACGAACGAUACCUAAGUCGAGUAUACAAAGCAACGGUGAUCGAGAAAAACCAAAGCAUUUUCCAAAGUAUUAGUACGUAAGGUCGUAAAUCUCGCAGGCGAUAUGUAUGCAACGGCAUCCUGUGGUUUCCUAUGCGUCCUCCUCCUAUGGUGUGCGCUGCUUCUGGUCUACCGUUCGCGCGGAAGCCGCCCCGCUUCGGGUCAUUCCACAAAUCGGACACCUUCAGGAGUAAUGUCUCUAGCUGUGGUCGAACUUGGACGCGUUAAAGUCUUCGGUGAUAUUUAAGCGUAUCUCGAAGGAGUUUUUGAAAUACUAAAAUCCUUCGUGAUACGUUUAAACGUAACGAAAGACUGGAGUAUAGUCAGUCUCAUAGUAUUCGUACCAUGUAUUGAAGAAAGGAUCUAGCAUAACGAUCUAGCAUAACGGAUCUAGGAAUAACCGAUCAUCAUUCUUGAUUUUUUUGGUAGGUCUCCCUUAGGUCAAAAGCAUUGUACGGCACAUAAUAGCAAUGAAAAUUGGGGUGGGGGCCGAUUGCCUAUCCUUAUUCUGCUAGACCCUUUGUCUAAUUUAAACGAUAUGCUUCGUGUUUCCAAAUCAAUUUUUCAUUAUAAAUAUGUACAUGAAUAAUCUUCGCACGUGUACAUAUUUACAAUUACAAAUUUAUUUGGAAACAUGAAUUUUUCAAUAAGUACAAAGGGUGCGAAUACUUAUGGGAUCGACUGUAUAUUCAAAGAAGGAUGUUGAAAAAUGGUAUUUUGGGGUAGUUCUGACUUAAUGUUCGAUAAGGUCCUUCGUUAGAUCGCGAGAAACUAUAAAUGAAUAAUUAUCUGUCGUUAACACGAUGGGGGAAGUUCUUAAAAAGAUAGAUGGAGCGGAAAGUGUACAUAGUGAAAAAUUGGAAAUUGUUCAUUUGAAAUGAUCGAGCUAUCGAAACAAGUUCACGAAACGCAAACACUGAGACACUAUUUUACAGAUAAAAGACUAUAUUUAUAUUACAUGAACAAGUAUUAAAGCUUAUGAAAAAAUAUGAUUGCAAUUGCAUUAUUACUUAGAAGUAAUUUCAUAGAAUAUGUGCACUUUCUACUUCAUCUUUUUUAUUAUAUUUCCCAUUGUAUUGCCGAUAAAUAAUUGGGCCAUUCACUGCACAAAUCGAUUAACUCCGUAAAACAAAAAGUUGAGAAAUGCGAUGAAAUAAUGUACAUUGUCUUUUAAAAUUCUCUUUAUAAUAUAAAUUCAAAUAAACAUCGUAGAAUACAUAAAUACAGAUGCAGCUUUCAUCAAACGGUAUAUAAAAUGAAUAAGAAAAAAAUAGCCAGAAAAUAACCGUCAGCAAUGUUACAAUUUUUAUAUGUUAUUUUUAUGGUGGAGUUAAUCGAUUUGUCCAGUGAACGACUCAAUUGCGAGUUACCCCAAGAUUGACCAAUUUUUAGUAUCCAUCUUUCAGCAAAAUCGGUGUCCAAUUUGACGCGUAACGACCCCUCUGCUUUGCCCCGCAAGAUCGAUCGUGCUGGUAGAAUCUGGAUGUCGGGAUCUUCGCGAUCCCGAGGACCGCAAAUCCGCUCGUUGAGACAGCUGGACCACGCUGUAGCUUGCAGCGAGUCCGGUUUACGCGGGGCGUUUCGAGCUUUGUCACGCUUUCCGUUCUUUGAGCUUUCCACCGCGUCGCUCGAAGGAAGCCGAGGAUAGAAGCCCGCCGGCGGUAGUCGCGAGUCAAAAGCAGAGCCCCUCUUCUCCUGGGAUCAUCGUGAAACGGCGCAUGGUUGACGCGAUACUUAUUUUUGUUAACUUGAAGUAGAAACUUGGCCGUGUCACGAUGCGUCCCGAUCAAAGUAAUCUCGAUCCCUCGUCGGCCGACCCGACCGUGCGAGCGAUCGAUACCCAGCUCCGUAUUAUGCGACGAGCUCUUCGUAAUCGCCAUCCAGAGGAUUUUUGUACUUCCGGCUUUGCUCAAGGGUGUAUUCCACGUUGAAUAUGAACGGUGUAGGUGUAAGGUGUGAUCGAACGAUCGCAAGUUGGUAUUCGGCGAUUGGCAGAACGCGCGUGUCACGAAGCUACUCUCCCAUCCAAACGACCCGAUCGAAUUUUUAGACUGCAGACUGAUCCGGGUCCUUGAUUGUUUUUAACCCUUUGCACUCGAGGACUUUUUUCUGUUAUCUACCAGCAACUCAAGAUACUUCCUUAGCAUUCCAUUGCCACAAAUCCUAAGCUUUGAUUGACUUUGAAAAUGAAAUUUCUAAUUUGAGAUUUGAGAAUCAGGUCAUAUUCUCCUCACCGACAAUCGUUUUAUCGAAACUUCGAGUUCCAAAGAAAUUAAACUUAAACAAACAUUAUCGCUGGUUUAUUUGCUACGUCAAACCUAUUGGUGACCCAGAGUCAUCUCUCGAGUGCAAAGGAUUAAUAGAAUCGCUCUGACAGGUGUCGUGCAAUUUUGAUUCCUUUUCAACUGGAGGUGACGACUUCGGUCACUUUCCUUUACCUAUUUCUUCCAUCAAGACUCGCUUCUGCGAUUUUGUUUGUAAUCGCUUUGAAAUUACGUCGUUCGGGUGGCGGGAACGGCCUAAGCGUUGCGUUUAAUCGUACCUCGACGUCCACGCGCGUUCCUGUAAUUGCUUCAGGGCAACGGCAUCCCCUAUGUAGUUGAAACGAAUAAACGCUUCUCUCUCUCCCUCGCUCAACGUCUGCUUUCCGCCAUUCUCUGCUGUCUCCGCCUGGCUAUGUAUGCGUCCAACCAUCCAUUCAUCCCCCUCAGCACAGUCCGUUCGCCCGUCUAUUUAUCGAACAAAGUUCUCGCCGCGGUUGUUGAUCGCGACGCUGCCGCGAUCGUCGCGUCGGCAGCGGACCCCGCGCCAGGUGAAAAGGAGUCCGAUCGAUUCCGAUCGGAUUCUACGUGCCAUUUAGUCGAGUGCUAUUACGUGUUACAGGGUUUAAUGGUUUUUCGCGAUUCGACGGGGGGAUAGGACGAGCGGGCUGUUUUUCGUUUAAUCGUUUUUUCGUCUUCCGUUUGCGCGCCACGUCGUGCGUCGAAUUCCGAUUGUGAAAACGCCCCCGCGUUUUUCGCCGGGAAACUUUAUAAUUUCCUAGAACGAAACUAGCCGCGCUCGUUCCCGCCCGGGUCGCGAAUACCGUGUAGAGUGUCGCUAUAUGGAUACAGCGUACAAAUGUUCGUCUCAAAGCUGAUAGGUAAAGUUUCGUGGAAACUCAGUCGAUGUCGUAGAUCGUUAGUUUAGCCGUAGGGAUAAAACGCUUCGUUUGGCAGACUCUAGUCGAUAGAUUUAGAUCGCUCGUAGACCCGAUCGUAGGUUUUUCCACUUUUCGGGGGACCCGAGCAUUUUCGUGCACUAGCAACUGCACUCGAGAAAAAAUUAUCUUAGCCUCCUACGCUAUACAGAAAUCCUGUUUAUAGGCUUAUUAAUUCCAGUGUUUAACAUCUGGAAUUUAUUCACCGUGGAUGUCCAUUUACAAUGUUCAGUUUUUGAAAACAGACUUGGCUUUCGAUGUACCUAGUAUCAGUUUGGAGGAAUUAUUGUCAGCCUAGAUUGACACGUGUUAAUGUAGAAAAUUAUUUCUUAAAUUGCAGACCGUUUCGAAAUAAGUAGAUAAAGUGUUAUAGACUCGUAGAAAACUCAUAUAGGCUAGAACCUUUUAAAUCUAUAACUGUUGUAUUAUAAUUUCGAUUUUUACAACUGUUUCGAAAACUGUGAUCUAUAUCAUACCCGUUUUCAACCUUUGGGAGACGAUAGAUUCAAGUCGUCAACCACCUCGCGAUCCUCCCUUGUAAAAAUUUCCGUAAACGUUUCGCGGUCCCCGGGUCCCCUCGAAAAAACUGCUUCUACUGAAAUCUCACGUUGUUCAUCGAGAUCGUAAAUCUUUUGUGUUGCGUUUUUAUGCGAGUAGUUGGUACCGUGUUGGCGGCCACCGUCAGGCGUGUUAAGUAGCCCGCGUAGCGCUUCCUCGAGGCACUCGUCGCGCAGCCUUCGAGAGACAGAUAUAUUCAGCGUUUAAGCUCUUUCCUGCUUUCAAAAAUGUAGAACUUCCUCGAGCCGCUUAUCUCGAGUACGCUCCUUAGCGCGAUAAAGUGUCGUCCAACGCGAAAAGCACUCUAGUCUUCUCGAUAGACACUCGUCCUUGCUUGUCGACACGGUUUCUGUGUGUUCGCUUCGUUUCGAGUAGCCGGUUCUAGAAUCGGUAGAUAGUCGUUUAAAUGAACGUACGUCCGAAAUCACGGUCCCUCCUAACUACUUAGCCGUAGCUUCGACCCGCGGAUGCACGCUUUCCUCGAAACCAAAGAGAAGCGACGCCGAUCGUCGUCAGCUGCACAACGGGUCUCUAGUCUGUCUUAAACCUUCCCGACUUCCGAAGUUCCGUCCCCGAUCGUUCCACUCGUCUCUGUCGGCAACAGAGACGGCGAAUCACGUAGUUCUAAUCUCGAUUAGACGAACCGCUUAUCGUUUCGAUCGCGGAUUGGGCUUGACACGUGUCCGGCAUGGCCGGAAUCGAUGAAAACAAUUCGACCGGAAGCGCGGCCCAGCGCCGAGAUAAGAGGAUCAAAAUUUUAUUCGGACGACUGGGACGGAAAAUCGGAAGUGACUGGAAAUCUAUCCUCCGACUGUAGAGAGAUUAUAAUCGUAGAACGUAUCGUAGUGGUCGUAGGAAAGUCGAUGUCGUCGUUAUCGUUAUCGUUACCGUUAUCGUCGUCGUCGUCGUCGUCGUCAUCGUCGUCGUCGUCGUCAUUUUCGUCAUCACCCGUCCGAUCGAAUUCCGUUCGGCGACGAAGAUCGUUUGUUCCUGUCCGCGCGUCGACCACCGCGAAUCGCUCUUCCCUCGAGACGAACCGGUCGCGUCUUUGCUCCCUUUGCGAUCGAUAAAUUGUAUUUUUUCUAGGCGACGCAGAUCGCCGAUUCGCGAGCCCGCGGUAAUGCAAAUCGUGGUCGACGCGCGCAACGGAACGAAAACGAUUUCUCGCAGUCGUCGCGACGGAACUACCUCGGAUACUCCGUUUAGGAUACGAUAGUCGAGUUUCGCCAAGUAGUGUGUUCUCGUUACCAAGUAGACGUCCGAUAGCGCUCGAGAGAAAAGUAGAGGUAACAGUCUUUGACCGCGAGAGACUAUCGAAUCGACUAUUCGUUCCGUCGCUCCGUCUCUCGAUUCGAGAAAUCGAAAACAGAGGCGGCUGUCCG